UUGCACAUGCCACCUCGUGUCGUCUGCUUGUUAGCAAGGGGAAAAGUGGAGUGUUACUGUUAGAAAAACAAUUUUCACAAAAAUAAAAUACCCAGCCAAGAUGUCAUCUUGGACUGCGCUUCGUAGUUUGGCCCAGGCAGCAAGUGUUCAUGUCGGAAACCGGUGCAUGAUACAACAGCAACAGAGACUGAUUUGCAGUUUGACGCCCGUUGGCUCUUCGCUGCUUGUUUCUCGUGUUCCAUUGUUACAUCAGCAGAGAUUCGCGGCAAGAAAAGGAACAAGAGAACGUAAAGUUAAGCAGAAGGUCAAGGCCGAAAUUGCCAAGAAAGAAGAGUUUGUUCCCUACAAAGUAAAACUAGCUAAGCUGCAUGUGCCAGAAGGCCCAAGAAGAAUUGUGGAAAAGAACAAACCAGAAGUUGUUGAUGAUGUCUUUGUUACAAAACACUUCAUGACUAGAGCCAUCAGUCUGGCAGAUGCAGUGCAAUUCCAUCGUGAAACUAACCACCCCUCAGUUUACGACAGCCCUGAAGCACUGAUUACUAUGAAAGUAGAACUUAAUAUGCAACUGGAAAAAAAGAAUAGAUACUUGGACAAUUUCUCCAGAAUAUUGCUUUUACCCCAUAGUUUUGAAUAUCAACCAGUACGCAAGGUACUAGCAUUUUGCAAAACCCAAGAAACACAGGAGGAUGCAACCAAAGCCGGGGCCAAUGCCGUCGGUGGUCUUGAUCUCGUUAAACGAAUACAGUCUGGGGAAGUGCCUCUGGCCGAUUACGACUACUUUGUCGCCCACACCAACAUGAUGUCGGAAGUCCUUCCGUUGAGAGGCCUGUUAAAAAGAAAACUACCCAACGUUAAGAAUGGCUCCGUGGGAGUCGAUAUGCCAAAGAUGAUUCGACUUUUUUCGAAAGGCAUAGAAUUUGCCAGUACCAAGGAUGCCUACGAACUUGAUUACGGAUUGGUACAAGUCCCAUUUGGAAGGUUGACCAUGCCAAUGGAGGAGCUGGAGGCUAAUUUCUCCACCAUUCUGAAGGACAUCGAAUCUUGUCGAGCAAGAACUUCUGGAUCUUUUAUCACUCGCUGCUACGUGCUUUCUCCGCCAUCGCCCGAAUAUUUCGUUGUGAAGACAGAGGCUUACAUCAAGAAGAAAGCAGAGGACACUUCAUCUUCGUCCUCAUCUGAUGACGACAGCGACAACGAAAAAGCCGACGAAGAAGAAGAACAGAACACAUCUCGGGCCCGAGUUGCCAAGCAGUAAAUAGAAAGCCAAGAAACGACCGAAAGAGCGAAAAGAUACGCUUUACUUGAAAAAAAUACAACUUAGUCAUCCAGUUGAUAAUGAGGCUCCUUCUUUGUAUGAGCGUAUGUACGUAAAUCUUAAUGUUUGGUUUCGCCGUAACUCUAGUGGACUUCUUUAUUGAAUUGUCUUGACGCUUCCGGGUGGAGAGAGUGGCCUGCGGCUGUGAAAUGUGGCAACUGAGAAAACGAACUCUUAUGUGAAAGAGAGA